CUAAUCAGCCAGCAGCUGAACCAGCUUCAAGGUCAACAUGAAGGCUCUCCUCACCCUGGGACUCCUGCUGCUUUCUGUCACUGUCCAGGCCAAGGUCUUUGAACGCUGUGAGCUCGCCAGAACUCUGAAAGCAAGUGCAAUGGAUGGCUACAGGAGUGUCAAACUGGCAGACUGGGUGUGUUUAGCUCAGCAUGAGAGUGGCUAUAAUACACGAGCUACAAACUACAACCCUGGAGAUCAAAGCACAGACUAUGGGAUAUUUCAGAUCAACAGCCGAUACUGGUGUGAUGAUGGCAAAACCCCAAGAUCAGUGAACGGCUGUGGGAUCCCUUGCAGUGCUCUGCUGCAGGAUGACAUCACUCAAGCCAUACAAUGUGCAAAGAGGGUUGUGAGGGAUCCACAGGGCAUUCGAGCUUGGGUGGCAUGGAGAAACCACUGUCAAAACCGAGAUCUGUCUCAGUAUGUUCAGGGCUGUGGAGUCUAACUGCUGUGCUUCUCUUCAGCUAAUGCUGUCUCCUUCUCACUGUAGGACAUCACAGCAAAAAUCCUUGUUUUCCCCUUCAAACUAGCAGCAUUUAAAGAGAAACAGGAGCAAAAUAGAGGCUUUUUCCUAAGGGGCUUAGUGCUGACUACUGUGUUCAUUGUGUUAAGCCCAGCCUCCAUUUUCAGCUAGCGAAUGCAAUGGGUGCUGGGGACAGCCGUCCAGCACUGUGACCAUCACAUGCAUAUCUG